AUGUGCGAUGAGGAUGAGUUAGCGCGCUUGAGGAAGUUAAGCAUUCUUGAUCCUUCUCUUCUUUAUUUCCCUGGAACUGAUACACUAAAGCUCCAGAAUCCCAAUUUCAAGACCUUGAUCGGUAAUCUCACAGAGCUAGGACAGUUACAUCUUGAUGGCGUUGACCUGUCUUCCGAGGGAAAUGAGUGGUGCAAUGCAUUGUCCUCUUCAGUGCAAAAACUUCAGGUGCUGAGCAUGUCUAACUGCUUUCUCUCUAGUCCUGUUGACUCUUCCCUCGUGAAUCUACAUCAUUUGUCAUUCAUUCAACUCAAUGGCAGCAACCUGUCAACCACGGUUCCUGAGUUCCUCGCCAGAUUCACCAAUCUAACUACUCUGCGUCUGAGUUAUUGUGGAUUGUAUGGAGAGUUUCCUAGUAAAAUCUUUCAGGUGCAGACACUUCAGAUCCUUGACUUAUCAGGCAACCAACUUCUUCAGGGUCCUUUGCCCAAAUUUCCGGAGGAUAGUUCUGUUGAGACUCUGGUCCUGAGUUACAAGAGUACUUCAGGGAGGCUUCCAGAUUCAAUUGGUAAUCUUAGAAAAUUGUCGAGAUUGGAAUUGUCUAAUUGCAGAUUGAGCGGAUCGAUCCUGAGCUCGAUGGAGAACCUGUCAGAGCUGUGA